GCCAGACAUGACUAACGGGGAUCACACAGGAGGCCCGGCUUUUCAUCUACUUGUAGCUCCCCCGUGCCUACAGCCUCCGACGAGGGCACACUUGGAGCCUUCCCCUUUUCCCACUAUCAACCUUUUCCCUCCUGUUUUUGAGUUUCUGCCAAAAUAGACGCGACAGUGGGGACGACUCUCUUGCACAGCAAAUUCUCAGGAAGCUGCUUUGCACGUCUCAUUUGGCGGGUCAUUUUAUUUCUACAUACAGGGAGAAGGCGGUGACGACAAGGCAGGUUGCAACUGCCGCUGCAGACAGAUUAAGAAGCACAUCCUGGGGCUCUGCGAUCACCUCCAGGGCAGGGUUGGAAAGAAGCAUUCCCGGCACGCACCGACCGGCACAGAGGGAGGAAGGUAGACGCGAGAUUCUCCGGACUAGAGGCUCACUUUUUUUUCACUCCCUGUUCUGCCUCUCCAAGAAUGAAACAUGACUGAGGACUCCCAGAGAAACUUUCGUUCAGUAUAUUAUGAAAAAGUGGGGUUUCGUGGAGUUGAAGAGAAGAAAUCAUUAGAAAUUCUCCUAAAAGAUGACCGUCUAGAUAUCGAGAAACUUUGUACUUUCAGUCAGAGGUUCCCUCUCCCAUCCAUGUACCGUGUGUUGGUCUGGAAGGUGCUCCUUGGCAUCUUGCCUCCGCACCAUGAGUCCCAUGCCCAGGUGAUGAUGUAUCGCAAGGAGCAGUACUCUGAUGUCCUUCACGCCUUGGAAGUCAUCCGCUUUAUCAGUGAUACCACCCCUCAGAUUGAAGUCUAUCUCUACAUGCACCGGCUGGAGUCUGGGAAAUUGCCUCGAAGUCCUUCAUUUCCAUUGGAACCAGAAGAUGAAGUGUUUCUUGCCAUCGCGAAGGCCAUGGAAGAGAUGGUGGAAGAUAGUGUCGACUGUUACUGGAUCACGCGAUGCUUUGUGAACCAGCUGAAUAGCAAGUACCAGGACACUCUGCCCCAGCUGCCAAAGGCUUUUGAACAAUACUUGAAUCUGGAAGAUGGCCGACUGCUGAGUCACCUGAAGGCCUGCUGCGCAGUGUCCACACUUCCCUACGAGCUGUGGUUCAAGAAGUGCUUCGCCGGGUGCUUGCCCGAGUCCAGCUUACAGAGGAUUUGGGAUAAAGUUGUAAGUGGAUCCUGUAAGAUACUAGUUUUUGUAGCUGUGGAAAUUCUCUUAACCUUUAAAAUAAAAGUAAUGGCACUGAACAGUGCAGAGAAGAUAACGAAGUUUCUGGAGAACAUCCCCCAGGACAGCUCGGACGCGAUCGUGAGCAAGGCCAUCGACCUGUGGCACAAGCACUGCGGGACCCCGGUGCACUCCGCCUGAACGUUCCUGACGCUGCGGGCAGUCUGCCAGGCCUGCUCGGCACAUUUUUUUUUUUUCCCCUUGGGACGUGACCUACUGAACUGAUAAUGGGGUUCUUGCUUUGGUGCUCGAAGUAUAAUUGUUUUUCCAGUAAAAUUGCUUAAGAUAAUGUCA